GCGUAAAACAAAUAUAGUCGUCGUUGUAGGAGAUAUAGAAGCUUGGCUACGUCCCUUCAUAUUCGGCGAGUCAUGGGUGUGCUACCACCUUGGUGAUACGGCCGCGGGGUCCCGAGUAUAGCAAAGGAUCAAGUACGGAGUAAGCUGAAAGGUUUGUUGAUAUAAAGGAGUAUUCCCGGCUUCUUGGUGGCGCAUUCUUUUUCUUCGUAGGUUAUCCGAACUUCUUCAGUCACUCAUUUAUCCGCCUUGGCAACUUGGCAUUUUCACGCACUCUUGUAUAUAUCGGUUGUCAGUUGCUACGCAAGCGCAUAAUUGUCCAAAAGUCGUCACCAUGCGUCAUUCAUGCCUCAAUCUCCUUGCCGGCUCGGCCCUAUACGCGGUUUCAUGUAGCGCCGUCAACCUUUUCACCGCCGACUCGGGUGGCAAUGUGACCAGUCUCACCCUUUCGGGCUCGGGGAGCAACUACAGUCUCUCUGUGGCUUUUAAGACGGCAGAUUGCGAGGCCAAUCCGGCGUGGUUGGGAAUAGACAGCGCCAGCCGGGUGCUCUACUGUCUGGACCGUGGAGGAAGUUCAUCGAUCAAUGGGUCGCUGAACUCCUUCUCCAUCGCGGACAGCGGCGCGCUGACGCGGAUCGCGCGUGUCGACGCUCCGUUGAGCGGUGUUUCAGGGGGGAUCCUCACUACCAGUACCGGGGCGCGGGCUCUCGUCACUGCGUCAUAUAACAGAAGCGCCGCAGCGGUCUUCACCUUAGGCGAUGACGGCGCCCUGCCCGGCACCGGCCCCGUCCAGUUGUUCUACCCUACCCUGAACCAGUCGGGCCCUGUCACUGCCCGCCAGAGCCUGAGCUACCUGCAUCAGGUGCUCGUGGACCCCACGAACCAGUUCCUGCUGCUCAACGACCUGGGCGGCGACCGGGGCCGGGUGUACACUUACAACAACAGCACUGUGGCGCCCAUCACCGAGGUGGCCGGCCUCGUGACGGACCCCGGCACCGGGCCCCGCCAUGGCGUUUUCCGCAAGAUGGCCAACGGAGACACGUUCUAUUUCUUCAACGGCGAGCUGGACCAGAAGGUGUACUCGUACCGGGUCCAGUACCCAGCCAGUGGCGGGAUGGCGUUCGAGAAGGUGUUUGAGAUAUCUGCUAUUGAUGCGGCGUUGCCCGAGACGACUUCGCCGACUAGUGAGAUCGCCAUGACUCCCGACGAGCGCUUCCUUAUCGUCUCUAACCGCGACAUCUCCUUCGCAGAAUCCACCAUCUACCAGACGGCCCCCUCAGACAGGCUAUCCACCUUCUCCAUCGCCGAGGACGGCACGCUAGAGCUCGUGCAGCUCGCGCCCUCGGGCGGCUACUCCCCACGCCAGUUCAGCAUUAACAAGGCCGGCGAUCUGUUGGCUGUCGGACACCAGACCAACAAGACCGUCGUUAUCUGGAAGCGCGAUGUUGAGUCGGGUAAGAUUAUCCUCGAGGAAGAGGGUGGCAAGGUUGGGGAGGUGAAACUUACCGGGGCCGUGGUAGUCGCUAUUUGGGACGAGUAGGGAGUUGUGGUACAUAGAGUAAGAAUGGAAACAUGUCCUAAAGACAUUUUGUG